CUAACCUUAGACUAGUCUGAGGCUCCAGGUAGACCCUCCUUGCGUCCGUUGCACGACCCCUGCAGACCAUGUCUCAUAGCGUCUUACGUAUGUCUUCCAGGUCUUUCAGGCAUGGAUUUGUAUUACCUGCGCCGAGUGAGCUCGCUAGCUUCAACCUUCAGCCUUUAGCCCUCGAGCCUGUGGCAUUCAGUCCUGCCAGACGCUGACGGUGCUUGAUUGACCGCGUACUGUACUUCUGGGUCGCUGAUUGUAGACAGUGCUCUUCAAUAUCACAACGUAGACAAAAGAAGAAAAAGAACAGAAGAAGAAAAGGGAAUUUACUAUUUCCGACGUACAGUACGAGCGCAGAAGUAUCUGGCUUGCGAUUGCCAGGGUCGCAAUGACGACGCGAUGAGUGCCAUGAAUUCUAGAACGACCUCCUUUUCCGCCCCAGUCUCGCGCCCACAGUCCACUCGCCGGCCCAGUCUGAGCUCGAGGUUGUCAUUCGCUGUCUCGACAGUCGAAAGGGGCGAGGGCAAUGGCAGCGCCGAUGCGCCAGCUGCCCAGCAGAUCGAGGAGGAGAUCGCCGAGAUCAAGCGAUACGAGGACUUUACCACCAUAGACUGGGUACAAGAUGCCGCCCGGGAACAACAACGGCGCAAGGUCCGGCGGAGGAAGACGGCCGGUCUGUUUGACAAUGGAAAGGUCACCUGGCGAUACAAGCUGUGGGAGUCCUACGACGCCGCCCAGGGCUGGAUUGUAGUGACGCUUGUUGGUGCUGCUAUCGGCAUGAUCGCUUCCUUCCUCAACAUCAUAACCGAAUGGCUCUCGGAUAUCAAGCUGGGAUACUGUACCACCGCCUUCUACCUGAAUGAGAGCUUCUGCUGCUGGGGCGAGGACAAUGGCUGCGACGAUUGGCAUAGGUGGACCAGUUUUGAACCCGUCAACUAUAUCCUCUACAUCAUGUUCGCCACCAUCUUUGCCUUGACGGCUGCCACCCUCGUCAAAUCUUUUGCGCCAUACGCAGCUGGUUCCGGCAUAUCCGAGAUCAAAUGCAUCAUUGCGGGCUUUGUCAUGAAAGGUUUCUUGGGGUUCUGGACACUCGUCAUCAAAUCCAUCGCGCUGCCCUUGGCCAUCGCGUCUGGGUUAUCGGUCGGAAAGGAAGGCCCUAGCGUCCAUUAUGCUGUUUGUACCGGCAAUGUCAUCUCGCGCAUGUUUGAGAAAUACAAGAGUAACGCUUCCAAGACCAGAGAAAUCCUCAGCGCUUGCGCAGCUGCCGGCGUUGGUGUCGCUUUUGGCAGUCCUAUCGGAGGUGUACUCUUCUCGCUCGAAGAAAUGUCAAGCUACUUUCCCCUCAAGACCAUGUGGCGAAGCUACUUCUGCGCUCUGGUUGCGACCGCAGUCCUCGCCGCGAUGAAUCCUUUUCGAACGGGGCAAUUGGUCAUGUUCCAGGUCAGGUAUGACCGGUCUUGGCAUUUUUUCGAGGUGGUGUUUUACAUCAUCCUCGGAGUUUUCGGUGGUCUCUACGGAGCUUUUGUGAUGAAGUGGAAUCUGCGAGCACAGGCUUUCCGAAAGAAGUAUCUCACCAACUACGCGGUUCUUGAGGCGACUCUCCUGGCUGCGGGGACGGCUAUAAUAUGCUAUCCCAAUGUCUUCCUUCGAAUUGACAUGACGGAAAGCAUGGAGAUCCUGUUCCUUGAGUGUGAAGGAGCAGAAGAUUAUCAGGGUCUUUGUGAUGCUGACAAGCGAUGGGGCAACAUAUUGUCGCUCACUCUCGCGACCGUGAUUAGAAUAUUUUUGGUCAUUAUCUCGUAUGGCUGCAAGGUACCUGCUGGUAUUUUCGUCCCGUCGAUGGCGAUUGGCGCAUCCUUUGGUCGAACCAUUGGUAUCAUCGUUCAAAGCCUCUACGAUGCAUUUCCCAACAGCUCUUUCUUUGCAGCAUGUCAACCAGACGUACCAUGCAUCACGCCUGGCACAUAUGCCUUCCUUGGUGCAGCAGCGGCGCUUUCUGGUAUUAUGCACAUCACUGUCUCUGUGGUUGUCAUCAUGUUUGAAUUGACUGGGGCUCUGACCUACAUUCUACCUACAAUGAUUGUAGUGGGUGUCACGAAAGCCGUUUCCGACCUGCUGGGCAAAGGCGGCAUCGCAGAUCGCAUGAUCUACUUCAGUGGCUUUCCUUUCCUGGAUAACAAAGAGGAACAUAACUUUGGCGUACCCGUACAAACAGCCAUGAAAACAGAUGUCGUUGCUAUUCCAGCGAAUGGUAUGACCUUUCGAUCGCUGGAAGACCUUCUCAGCCAGCCAAAGUAUCAAGGGUUCCCGAUUGUGGAGGACCUUGAGUCGAAGUUGUUGCUGGGCUACAUUGGAAGGACUGAACUCCGCUACGCCGUAGAGAGACUGAGGCGGGAGCGUGGAAGUACGGUCAACGCCGAUGCCAAGUGUACAUUCUCUCCGCCAGCAUCAGCCUUGAGCAGUGUUACGCCCAUCACUCCAACAGUCACUAUAGGCAACGCGGAUUUUAGUAUGAGCUCUACAUCUGUUGACUUUAGUCGAUAUGUCGACGCUACGCCCGUGAUGGUACAUCCCCGCCUACCCCUGGAGACGGUCAUGGAGCUUUUCCGGAAGAUUGGUCCCAGAGUGAUCCUUAUCGAACAUCAUGGUCGUCUUACGGGAUUGAUUACAGUCAAGGAUUGCCUCAAGUAUCAGUUCCAGGCAGAAGCAGCUGAGAAUCCCAGAGAUGAGCAUGACAUACAAAAGGGUCACGAGAAGCUAUGGAGCUGGAUGCGUACAGUAGCUGGGUGGUUCUCUAGCAAGGUAGACACUAUAAGUGGCGGCCGCAUACAGCUAGGGAAUGGUCCUCCCUCUAUAACAAGUGGCCGUGGCAGGAUCAUGGAUGGAGACGAAGAUCUUGCGGACUUGGCUGAGAACGAUGGGCUUGAGUUGGAAAAUAGGUAGAUCGAGUAAGUCCUUUGUGAAUGUAAACAGAUGCCAGUGCUUUAUGAUUUCUGGCUUUUACGCACUGAUGCUAAACAAACAUUUCGG